UGCAGUCCCGUGCCUGCAUUCCUCUCAUCUAGGAUUAGCUUGUAAGGAGAGAGAAAAAAAAAAGGAUCAUCAAUAAUAACAUACGCAGAUUGGAAUACGGCGCGGAAGCAUCGGUUUUCAAUAUGGACUAACAGUGAUAUGGGUUGGUCGCUGAAUUGAUUGGAUAUUUUUCUUCACGGGAACCAUCUCUAAAAAGGGCAUACAAAUAAGAUGAAAAGUAAACAGAUACGUCGUUUAUAAUUAGCGUUAAACAGGAAAACAAGAUGGCUGAUGAGCGAUAACAAGGUCUAAACAAUAUCGUCUCCUUUAAGAGCAAGAAAGGCACCUGGCUUUAAAACAUGAAUAUUUUAGGCGCGUUAGCUUCAUUAAAAUAAAAUGCACAACAUUAGGUACUAAAAAUGAACGCAACCCAUCUCUGCUAAGUGCGGCCAGGUAAACAUCAGGCGAAACAUGGAGAAGGAGAGCAUUUUGGAUCAUUCUUUAAUGUUUAACCAACACAGAUAGCGAGAGGAUUGCUUUUAAGUAUGACGAAAAAACAUUUGGCCUUUGUGUUAUAAUGCUUGAAGAGUGCAUGCAUUGCAUGUUCAUUCAUAGUCGUGUCACGCCAAUAGGUAAAUAGUGCUUCUUUACUGGUAUAAGAAAAAUAAAUCCUUUUGAGACAGAGGCUCAGGUCUACUUUAAUAUUGUACCGUGUGUAAUAUUUAAUUCCAGCAGGGCAAAUACGUGAUCGGCUGCUUUAGUAAAUGACUAUAGCUGCUUUGCCUCACUGCUUGAGAAAGGACAUUUCCAUUGCUUAAAGAACUUCAAGUGUGAAUCGUAUCGUCACCCUCCCUUUUUCCUGUUUAAAACUUGGUAAAUGACGACAACAUGCUUCGGUUGGUAUGCAUGUUCAUUUUGAUUGAACUGCUCUUAUCUUAAUUAUGUGUAAUGUCACGAUGGGUUUUAGCUAUUAGAAGACUAUGCAGUAGCUUUUAACCUCAUGUGUAAUACCUUACAGGGGUACAUCUGUCAAUACAUUUAUUUAACGUAUGAUCCAAACGUUAACGUUAUUUUUCAUAUUAGGACCAUUUUAAAAUUGUGAAGUCAUUCACGUUAAACGACUUUAACGACUCUCAUUAAAUUAUCGGUGUUAUCAGUAGCUGGUGUUUUUAGGGGCAGUUCAGACUGAAUGCGCUGUUCCGUUUAAAAACAACAACUAUAUUUAAACGAAUAUAACAGGACACCGGUUUCUCGAGACGCGUUUUUAAAAACUGACGUUCUUUUGAACUUUACUCGGCGUCGAAAAACCGCGACAAGACGGCCAAAGACGUCCGUCUAGCGCACGUUUACAUAGAAAAACCACUGAAAAACUGAACAAAAACUUGUUCGAUGAAAACGGGCCAUUAUAUAUAUUUUUACUUAAUAAAUACGUUUCGUCAACAGUAGGACCGAGUUAACGUGUUCUCCCCUUUAAAACAUACCAGAACUGCAAUAACAGGUACGCAGUCGUAUUACGAAGCUAGAUUCCCCUUUUCUCGCGCUCGGUUGCAGGAUUUGAUAGCUGUCAACUUUGCCAGGAGCAGAGGCGCUUGGUCUGUGCUAGAACUUGACGUUUGCCUUCCACAAGCUUCAAAGCUGAUCAACUCCAAACGGGAUGUCGGAUCAACUGGUUGAGAUGGCGGAGAACUGGCGAAACUGUUUUGAGGAGGAGCUCAUUUGUCCUAUAUGUUUGCAUGUGUUCGUGGAGCCCGUGCAGCUGCCAUGCAAACACAACUUCUGCCGAGAUUGCAUCAGUGAGGCCUGGGCGAAAGAAGCGGCCAAUGUGCGUUGUCCGGAAUGCAACCACGCAUACAACCAGAAACCAAAUCUUGAGAAAAACAUCAAGCUGAAUAACAUAGUGGAGAAGUUUAAUGCGCUGAACGUCGAGAAAGCUCCAGCCAUACUGCAUUGCAUUCUGUGUAGGCGAGGACCUCCUCUUCAAGCACAGAAAGUGUGUCUUAGGUGUAAUGCACCCUGUUGCCAGUCUCAUGUUCAGACACAUCUUCAGCAAGCCUGUCCGGCUGCUGGGCAUUUACUAGUGGCAUCUGAGGAGGUCAGGGCAUGGAGCUGUCCACACCAUGAUGAAUACAGACUAUAUCAUUGCGAUGUGGAACAGGUGGCUGUCUGCCAAUAUUGUUACUUCUCCAGAUGUGCGCCCAACCAUGGCCAUGCAGUUUGCGAUGUGGAAGUACGACGCAGUGAGAUCAGGCAUAUGUUGAUAAAGCAGCAGGAUCGUAUUGAUGACCGAGUGAAAGACAUUGAGGAGCAGCUGUAUAAGUUGGAAUCUGACAAACUACUGGUGGAGGAUAAAGUACAGCAACUGAAGGAGGAGGUGCGUACGCAGUAUCACAAAAUGCACCAGCUCUUAGAAGAUGACUUGGGGAGAACUCUGGAAGUGCUGGAUAAAGCGCACUCAAAAUACUGCCAGGAGAAUUCCACCCAAACCCUACAGCUCAAUGAACGCCACAAGGAGGCCAAGAAACUGCUCAGCUCUGUCCAAGUUGUGUUUGACAAGUCAGAGGAUAUUAAUAUUAUGAAGAACACAAAACCAGUGAAAAUACUCAUGGAUAGAUCCCAAUCAUGCACAGGCAGCGUUCUGCCUCCUUAUAAAGUGGGUCAUCUUAAUUCCAAAAUAUUCCUCUCUGAAGUCUCCAAAAAGGAAAAGAACUUGAGAAAAUUACUGGAAGUACCAUUCAGUACUCCUGCACAUUUACUCCAGAGCGUUUCUGUCCACUCCUCCAGUGUGAAUAACUCCGGGGGUGAGAAACGCAAACACUCCAUGGCCUUCCCUGAAAGCAGCACCAGCCUGCUGGACUCCUCAUCAGGCCCCAUGAGUAAACAGCUGUUCCUGGGUCAAGGCUCCAGCUCCACAGAUGGGCCCUCCUCCCAGCCACCCAUGGCUCCUUGUAGCUCCACCCAGCACAUUGUAGGCCUCAGUAGCAGUGGUGCUCAGUCGGUCCAUCAUUCCAACUCUGUUUUUACUCCUGCCGACUAUCCCAAUGCUAGCUCAUCCCAGCAGGCCAUGCUGCCACAAUAUGGUGGCCGUAAGAUUCUUAUGUGCACGAUGGACAAUUGCUACUGCUCUAGCGUACCCUCCAUAUCAAACCACCGUGGCCAUGCUCCUUACCCACGUGCUAGAUCUUUCCCUUGGACACAGGAUUACUCCCACCCCCUGCCCUCCACACCCGCAAUGUCCCAGCCCCUCCAGGGGCUCUCCAUGCACGACUGGAUCGACGCCUCACAGAGCCACAGGCACCCUGACUUCUAUGGAUUGUAUGGGCAAUCUUCAACUAAACCCUAUGUCACCAGUUAACCUUCCACCGCUGUCUGAUGGGCAUAUCUGGUUUAUCUCAAAUAUUGCUUAAAAUGUUAGCUUGCAUAUCUAGGAAGGAAAUUAUGAAUUAUAGGAAUAGUUUCUCCCAAAAUUUUAAUUGCAUCAACAUUUUUCUCCAUUCUGCGUAACACAAAAGGAGAUAUAUUAUAAGAUGUUCCAUUCGCUGAUUUCAAUAAAAUGGCAGUGGAUAGUGACUCUAAAGCUUAAAAAUGACACAAAAGCAGUCCAUAUGACUCACAAAAGGGGUUGUUAGGCUCAGUCACCAUUCACUUUAAUUGUAUGGAAUAAAGAUGCAAUGAAAGUGAAUGGUGACUGAGGCUAGCAUUCUGCCUAACAACCCCUUUUGUGUUCCAUGGAUAAAAGAUCAAAGUCGUACAGGUUUGGAACAUCGUGAGGGUGAGUAAAUGAUGAAAGAGAUUUUAUUUUUGGGUGAACUAUCCCUUUAACUCAAUUUCAUUUUGCAUUCUAAUUUGCCUGUGCCUUUAAAAUCAGGCUUAUUAACAUCACAAUUGAAAGGAAAAGUGUGGCACUUUUUUUUAAUCAUGCAAUGCAAGCCUUAUGGUUCUGAAACACUGAUCUCUUCCAACUUAAGCAUUACAAACUUGUCUAUCCCUAUGUAAAGCAAGUUUAGGGAAUCUUUCUUUGAGAAACAUGGGGGCGGGACCCAGCAGAGUUUUUAAAAUUACAAACAGAUUUUAAAUAAUUGCAGAGGGUGUUGACCCAGAGCAGAUAAUGAUCCCUUGUAAAUGGAGUCAGUUUUAACUGCUUUCACUCCCCCUCUUCCUGCCUUUUAGGGUAUCUGGAAUCUUGUUCAGUUUUAUUAUGUGAUAAAAAAUCCUUUUACAUUGCUAUUAAACUUCUUAAAGUUUUAUUAAUUGUAGACAGGGAUUAUAAUUAUAUAAAAAAAGAAGAAUAGCAAAGAUGAGCGAUAUAUGUUUUUUCCUCCCCUUUUCUUCCCAAUUUGGAAUUCCCAAUGCACUCUUAAGUCCUCAUGGUGGCAUAGUGACUCGCCUCAAUCCAGGUGGCGGAGGACGAAUCUCGGUUACUUCCAUGUCUGAGACCGUCAAUCCGUGCAUCUCAUCACGUGGCUUGUUGAGCGUAUUACCGCGGAGACAUAGUGCGUGUGGAGGCUUCACGCUAUUCUCUGUGGCAUCAACUGGGCCAAUUUGGUUGCUUAGGAGACAUGGCUGGAGUCACAAGUGAUGGUUUGUAACAUAUUUUACCUCUGCUGCACAUUGAGUUUUUGGCUAAGGAACUGCACCACACGGACUGGGGACUGGGAUUGAUGUGUUACUUGCAUUCCUGGAUUUGGAUUUUUUUCUGUUAUGUUUAAAAUUAUGUAUUUUUUUUUGUAUUAUUAAUUCACAGUAGGUUGGACAAGAUCAAUACAUAAACUCAAUACAGGUUCAAGUCCUUUUUGGGGGGUCUUCAAAGAUCUCUUAGAGGGGUUCCAUUGACUUUCAUGAGCUCUAAUAGACUGCUCCAAAAAUGUCCAGCUAUUGCAUUUGAAAUACUUCUGGAUUCUGCUUCCUGUCGGGUUAUGUUACUUCCUGCAUUCAAGCACAUGUUAAGCAUGUUCAGGAUGAUUGGUGUCUACACACCUGUCAGUCAUAUAAUUGUGUAGAUAUACUUCCUGUUUGAGUCAGUGACCAAGAGGCCCAAAGGGCUUUGUGGUCACUGCGCAACACUGAUUUUCAUGAACAUGCUGAAAACUUCCUCUUUGUUAUUGUAGGCAUGCAGGAAAGUCUUCUGUGCACUCAGAACUCCAAGAGACUAAACUGAGUGAGAAAUUAAUGUUCUGUUUUUCCCACAGAUUUUACACAAGCUAACUGGACUGCAUACAUUUGGAAAUCAAGAUAAAUGUGCUUCAAAAGAGUAUUAAAUGCUGGUUUCAACAGAAGUGUAUAUAAUCUCUUUUGUAAAUAUUUUUUGUAACAGACAUGAUGGCUCUGCUCUAAAAUUCAUUUUAAAAUGCCUUGAAAUAAACAGCUAAAUGUAUAGGUGGUUACAGGAGCCCCAUCUGUGUGAUGUCCAUGACCUUUCCCUGAAAAGACAUUCAGUAUGUUAACAUGUGAAGAAACAAUCGAGCCACAGCAGGUUUUUGGCAUAGACAAGCUCUCUUUCAGAGCAUGUGCACAACGUUGAGGCCAGUUAACAUAAACACGCCGGACAAAGCUAAGAUAGUUGCAUUAUGUCUGUAAGUCCGACUUUGCAAAAAUCUAUUUCAGUUGGAAUAAAAAGUGUUUAAAAAAAUAUAUUAAUUAUUGUUUUAUUCUGACUGAAAUUUGCAGACUGAAUAUUUUAAAAGCCCUUACAAAAUUGAGAGUUCAGUGCAAAUUUGUGCAAACUUUCGCCACAUCAUUUUCACAUGCAAAUUAAUUGUCCAUUGUUGCUAAAGGUUGUUAGAGAUUCACCAUUCUCGGUGAAGAGCUGCAAACUUCUAGCAAUCAUUUGUGGCGUAUCACAAGCUCAUUUGCAUGUGAAAAUAAAGUGCGGCUAGUUUAGAUUUUUUAUAAGGGAGUUCAUGUAAAUGUACAGAGUGUUUUGGGUUAGCAGUAAGCCCUUCAGAAAACAAAGAAAUUACUGUAAAAAAAAAAAAAUGCAGUUUGCCCUACCAGUGUUACCUCCUUUUAAAAAGCAUUGUGUUCAUGUGUACCAUUACAAACGGAGCAUAUUUUUAUAGGCCGCUGCUUUUGCAGAUCCAAAGAAAUGCCAUGUAUCAAAACAAGCUGAUAAAAAUACCAACAUAUAUUAGAAUUAAUUUCCAUGCUGAUCCAGUCUGGUUAAUGGUGGUUUGUGUUGGUUUAUCAGUAUACACUUCAAAAUAAAGGUGCCAGGAAGAGACAUUUCUGGUUCCCUAAAGAACCUUAGGGAACUCAUUGUCAUGUUCAUGAAACCAGUUUUAGACAACUUUUGCUUUGUGACAUGGUGCAUUAUCAUGCUGGAAGUAGCCAUAAGAAGAUGGGUAAAUUCUGGCCAUGAAGGGAUGCACAUGGUCAGCAACAAUACUCAAAAAGGCUGUGGCAUUCAAGUGAUGGUUGAUUGGUAUUAAAAGGCCCAAAGUGUACCAAGAAAGCAUUCCCCACACCAUUACACCACAACCACCAGCCUGGACUGUUGGCACAAGGGAGGUUGGGUCCAUGGAUUCAUGCUGUUGGCACCAAAUGCUGUGGUUAUCUGAGUUACAAUAGCCUUUCUGACAGCUUGAACCAGUCUGGCCAUUCUCUGUUGACCUCUUUCAUUAACAAGGUGUUUUAAACCUGCGGAUCUGCCACUCACUGGAUAUUUCUUGUCUUGCCACAUUUUAGCCACUCAUUCAGCUCAUGAAAACCUGCCACUCAUUGAGAUCAUGAGGAAGGAUUACAUCAAGAUGUAGAUUGGAAUGCAGGUGCAGAAUUUAUAUAAAUAAAAUAGUCUACUCCUCUCUCGCCAUUGCUGGCGUUCCUCUGCAUGCCAAUGCUGAUACGCGUGCCAUAGUUUGCCAACCUAGUUUAAUAGUUUAGUCAUCUUUAUUCAAGACGGCAUUGUGGGAUAAUGCUAAAGCUUAACGAAACUUGACUGAAAAUAUGUGGGUUUAAAAACAAGAAAAGAAGACAAUUCUGUUAUAAAUUACUUACUCUCAUGGAACACAGUGGGAGAUAUUCAUAUUCAUUUGCAUUGUUGUUCCACUCAAUGAAAGUGAAUUGUGUUUGAGGCUAACAUUCUGCCUAAAAUUGUUUGUGUUCCAUGGAAGAAAAAAAAUGCAUAGUGGUUUGGAACAACAUUAGGGUAAGAGUAAAUGAUAACGUAAUGUUUUAGUUUGUGCUGAAAUAUACCUUUAAUAAAGCAAUCUAGGUGGUGGGGUAUGCCAAACCUUUCCAGUUCUUCCUCAUGGGUCAACCGGGGCAAUGCAAUCAGUCACAUUUUUCCAUUAAAGCAUGGUGGGAUGGGGGCGCAGGACUGCCUGGGGUAGAAGGGGAUGGGUGAAAGUAAUCAGGCUUGAAGAACAGCUCAUCAUUUAUUUAUAAAGUGUAAUGUUCCAGCCCCUCUCCUCCCAGAACCCCAUACAUUCACACUAACCACAAAAGCACAGACAAGCACAGUCAACAUUUUGUUACCAAUAGAAAUUUGACAAGACUCCACCCUCUUUUCCCUCCAGCUUGCUGUGGGUGGACAUACCAUAUGCUUUGUGAGCUCCACGAUGGGUUUGUUUUUCUGAGCGUCCGUUCCAUGAUGCUAAUCCAAACCCUUAUGACUGACUUUCUUCUGGGGUACACAAGAGGAAAAAUUAAUAAUCUGUUUAACAUAUCAUUUUGUGUUCCGAAGAAGAAAGUCAUAUGGGUUUGGAAAACAUGAGUGUUGAUAAAUCUUGAAAGAAAUUUGAUUUUUCUGUGAACUAUUCCUUUAUGAGUCUUUUGUGAGAAUGCCUAUCAGUGCCUUACAUGCUCAAUAAUGUAUUUACUAUGCAGAAUUAAUAUUUCUGCCAUCGAGCACUUUGCAACUCCAAUCCCUAAAGCCAGGAAGGAUAAUCAUAAAUCCCUCUUAGGGCCUGUGAGCAGAGGCAGGUCAGGAAAGCUAAAUGAGCCUGUGGGUACUUCACAGGAUGAAGCUGGGGGAUCCUUUGUCACUAGACAAUGAAUACACAUUUCCAAAUAAAAUUGUGCCAAGCUUAAUGGUAUAACUUCUGAAACUAAAUCAAAUUGAUACAUUUUAAACACUGUUCCAAACAAACAAUAAAAGUGUCAUCCAUCACUGUGAAACACAGAGCAGGACAGAUUUAAGGGGAAGCUGACAGGAAAUGCUUUUAGUAUGUUUACUCCAAAUUCGUAUUCUUCUGUCUAACCCAAAAUAAUUUUUUUAGAAGAAUCGUCAUGUAGCUCUUUUCCAUACAAUGACAGGUGUUAGCAGUGUUGGGUGUUUUUGCAUUACAAAAUAAAAUUAGUUACUGUAAUCGAAUUACUUUUAGGCACAAAAAGUUGUAUAAUGCAUUACAUGUUACAUUCUUGUUAAAGUAAUUACUUUUAAGUUAUAUUAAAAAUUUUAAUAUUAAAAAAAUAGAUAUGUAUUUAUGAGUGACUCCAGCCAGGUCUCCUAAGCAAACAAAUUGGCCCGGUUGCUAGGGAGGGUAAAGUCACAUGGGGUAACCUCCUCGUGGUCGCUAUAAUGUGGUUAUCGCUCUCGGUGGGGCGCGCGGUGAGCUGUUUGUGGAUGUCGCGGAGAAAAGCAUGGGCCUCCACACACACUACGUCUCCAC